AUAAAUUUUUACUAUUCAAAUAUCCAUCAACAUCAACAACCAAUAGUAUCACCACCAACAAGGGUCAAAUACCACCUACCAUUGAAGAUCUACAGUUAAUUAAUGUCAUCUUCAGAUAUAACUACUCUUGUCUCCAAGGCUAGGGCGUUGUUACAAUCCUCCCAAUCUGAAAAAGCAUUGGAAUUAUUAACACCAAGUUUUGAAACUUAUAAUGAUCAAAUUGAAUAUUUACAAAUUUUUGGAGAAACGUUAUUAGAAAAUAAUGAUUUAGAGAAUGCUUAUGAUGUAUUAGUCAAAGCUUGUGAAUUGGAUCCUAUUGCUUCGAAAGGAGUGGAGAAGUUUUUCUAUUUUGGUCAAAUUAUUGGAGGUCAAGAUGGGAUAAAUUCUUUAAAUAUCGGAUUACAAAAAUUACAACAACAAUUAGAUAUUAUUCAACAUGAUAAAGAUACUGAAGAUGAAUUAUUAGUUGAAUUAUCAAAAUUAUAUCCUACCAAGGAAUCCUUACUUACCUAUCUUAUCAAAAAGUUAAAUCAAGGAAUAUUUGCUAAGAUUGAAAUUUGGAUGACUGAUUUAUGUAUGGAAGAUGAAGCUGAAACUCAAUGUAAUGAUUUAAUCAAUUAUUCCAUAAGUUUAGAUCCUAACAAUCCAGAAGCAUUAUCAUUAUUAUCCUCCAUCAGAAUCUCUCAACAACGUAAUGAAGAAGCUAAAGAAGCCUUAUUAAAAUCAUGGCAAUUAUUCCAACAAAAGAAAGUUAAAUUAGAAGAAUCUGCCAAUAAGAUAAAACAAGGAGCAGAAGAAGAAGAAGGAGAAGAUCUUGAUUCAUUCGAAGUUGGAUUGGAAUAUGUCGAUUUGAUCCAACCAUUACUGACAUUAGCUAAAUUCGCUAUUGAAUUAGAACUUUAUGAAAUUACCAUCACUAUAGUUUCAAAUAUUCAAGAUAUAAAUGAAAAUAUAUUAGAUAUAUAUUAUUAUGAAGCCAUUGCCAAUUUAUUCCAUGCCAAACAAAUCUUAUUCCAAUCAUCAUCUACCAAAAAAGCUUCAGAAGAUGAUGAUUAUCGUGAUAUUGAUGUUUCAAUAUUACUUAAAUCCUCUAAUCCUGAAAUCAAAUCAUUAAUGAAAGAAGUUAAAUCCUCGUUAACGCAAGGGUUCAAAAUCAUCAAUAGUGAUAAUUUAGUGGCUGAUUUGGAUCCAGGUUUGAUUGAACAAGUUGAAUUAUUAUUAAAACAAGUUGGUGGUCCAGAUAUGUCUGAAUUAAUCCCCUCUAGAAAAGGUGAAGAUGAAGAUGGUUGGGAAGAUGAAAUUAAUAGUGAAGACGAAGAAGAUGAUGAUGAAGAAGAAGAAGAUAAUUAGACUAGUCUCAGGUUGGAAAAGUAAUUGUACAUUAUUAUAUUGUUAUCGUUAUAUAUAUACUCUAUAAACACAUUUAAUACAUAUCCAAAAAUAAAUAGAAAAAAAGAAUUGAAUUUUAAGUAUGUUUUUUUAAUAAGUCAUAAUCAUUGAUGUAGUUUUCGACAUAAAUCCAUAUAAGGGUAAAUAUUUGUUUUGUUUGUGUUGUUAUACACAUUUUAUUUUAUUACACAUUUCACUCAUUCAGUUAAAUUACUUUAAUAAAUUGAUCACAUUUGGAACAUCCUUAAAGAAAUCGUUAUUAAAUAUAUCAAUUUGCAUCGAUUCAAAAUAUUGAUCAUAUUGAUUAGCAUCUCCUGAACUCAUACUAUUCGGACUAAAUGAUG